AUGGAUCAGUCGACGUCGGCUCUUGAACAGUUCCGCAAGCAGUGGAAAGAAGAAGUCAGUGCACGUUCCAGAAAGUCAGAUAGGAGACCUUCAGAGCCGAGAACACUCGAAAAAGGUCGAAGACCCAGCGAUGUCCGGUUAGAAAGACCUGUACAUAAACCGCCGACUCGCCACCCAGCAGCCGACAUCAAAGAUGAAUCCGACCACUACAGCGACGUCGAGCGCCUGGACAAUGAUACCUCAGGCAUGAUCCAACGCAUUGAAGGGCUCAGUGUCCGCAAUGUCGACGAUGACGACUUUUCGGUGAGAGGCUCGUCCAAGGAACCGAAAAGUGCAUUGGAACACUAUGAGCGGGCAGUGGAAAAGGAGAGCCAGGGCAAUCUUGGAGACAGUCUGGCUCACUACAGACAGGCCUACCGACUUGAUGCAAAGGUCGACCAAUCAUACAGAAACAAACACUUUCCAGCAAAGUCGAAACCUACUAACUCUAACCCGUCCAAUGCUGCUGUCACGGUGCCGUCAACCGCCCACCACUCAUCGAAAGAACCCACGGAGACAUUGACUUUUACUCAACUCAUCGAAAGCUUCGCCGACACGCAGAUCUGCGGCGUACCUCCCCCCGUCGAAGGCGACCCACCUCCGCCAUGCGGAAUCAAGAAGCUGCCCACCGAAGUCCUACUGGAGCUUUUGCGACACGUGGCAAUCCGCGAUCCGGCCAUGUUUGUCCGCCUAUCCCUGGUAUGCAAGAAGCUCGCAUAUCACGUUUCGACCGACAAUGCCAUCUGGAAGCGAGUCGCAUUAGGCUCGGAGUUUGGCCUUGCCAGUCAACAAUACGACUUCGUCACAGACAUCCAAGGACGAGAAUCCAUCAAUCGUACACUAGGUGUAGACGUCGAGGGCGAGGACGAGGAUGAGAAUACAACGCCCUCGAUCGUCACAGAGGCAUCGUUCCCAAAAGACACCAUCUGGCGUGACGUCUUCCACAAUUAUCCUCGCAUCCGCUUCAGCGGUGUAUAUAUUUCGACGGUCAAUUAUACACGGCCGGGAGGCCCCUCAGCCACGACAUAUACCUGGAGCAAUCCCAUCCACAUCGUCACGUACUAUCGGUAUCUCCGAUUCUUCCGAGACGGGACUUGCAUCUCCCUUCUCACAACCAACGAGCCUAUCGAGGUAGUUCACCACCUCACACCGGAGAACCUCAACUACGUCCGCGCCGGCAAGAAGGAGGCCGGCGGACAUCACCCGUUGAACUUCACCUCUUCUGCGCCUGCCCUCUUCAAAGAAUCUGGCACGACCUCGUCGUCCGGCACAGCCGCGCCGCCUCCCUCUGCGCAGCAAAUCAUGAAGCAUGCCCUCCGUGGCCGUUGGCGGCUUUGCCACCCUAGCCUCGAGCCCGCCGAGCCCAUCAAUCCUGGGGCGGCCACGUCCACUCCAAGGCCGAUUUAUCCCGGUGAUCUGCAUAUUGAGACAGAAGGCGCCGGUCCUAGAUACAUGUAUACGCUCCAUCUGGCCUUGAAAUCGGCCGGAUCGGCCCGCGCAAAACAUACCACCAAGAACAACAAACUGCAGUGGAAAGGGUUCUGGAGUUACAACCUGCUCACCAAUGACUGGGCCGAGUUCACUUUGAGGAAUGAUAAGCCGUUCUACUUUUCCAGGGUCAAGGGAUAUGGGUUGGGUUACUGA